GUCCCUAAAAUUAGCAUGCAUCUUGUGCGCAUGUAUGAUCGGAAGUUAGAAAAGGAGUAAGAACAUGCAUAAGCUCAAAAGUUCACAAAAGGACAAAGUGAGGCAAUUUAUUGCCUUCACACAAACCGGAGAAAAAACAGCGAUCCAAUGUCUGAGCGUUCACGACUGGAAACUGGAUGUAGCGGUCGACAAUUAUUUCCAGAAUCCGGACAGAUACAACUGUAACAGCGAAGCAAGAUUCACAAUCGAUAGAAAGAAACUUGAAAUGCUUUGGCAGAGGUAUAAAGACCCCAGUGAAGAUGAGAAGAUGACGGUGGACGGGGUCAUGAAGUUCCUCGAUGACCUCAACCUGAACGCAGAGUCUCGGACAGUCCUCAUCCUGGCCUGGAAGUUCAAGGCCGCCACGCAGUGCGAGUUUUCUAAAGAGGAAUUCAGCAAUGGCAUGUUGGAUCUUGGCUGCGACACCAUCGACAAGCUGAAGCUGCGCUGUGCUUGCAUGGAGCAGGAGAUCCGAGACCCGCAGAGAUUCAAAGACUUUUACCAAUUUACUUUCAAUUAUGCCAAAAAUCCCGGUCAAAAAGGCUUAGAUCUCGACAUGGCCUUAGCGUACUGGAACAUUGUGAUGAUGUGUGUUGAUGUUUCAGAUCUCGACAUGGCCUUAGCGUACUGGAACAUUGUGCUGGCUGGCAGAUUCAAGUUCCUCGACCUCUGGGUCAAGUUUUUACAGGAACAUCAUAAACGCUCCAUCCCUAAAGAUACGUGGAAUCUACUCCUGGACUUCUGUAACAUGAUAAACGAUGAUAUGAGCAAUUACGAUGAAGAAGGUGCCUGGCCAGUCCUGAUAGACGACUUUGUAGAAUAUGCAAGACCUUUAGUCCACGGGCCCCGGAGUACAACAGUAUAACCUUCACCUUGUUUACAUAGCCAGUGUUUUAUUGACUCCUAGAACAUUACAUAGAUGACUGUACCCUCCAGGUCAUGUGACAGUCAUGUGAUCUCGUCAUGUGAUGUGGGUAUGUGACUUACCCAUGUGAUUCGACAUGAAGGGCAAUAGGAAGGAUGUUAAAUGACAAACUGCUUGUGAUUGGUCAAAUCUGAUGACAUGAGCUAACCAGGUGUUAAAUUUCGUAAGGAUGUUGAGUUGAUGCAGCUUGACGGUAACUUGCGUUAAGGAUUUCUGUAAACAUUUGCCGAGACUACGUUCAGGGAGGAACUUGAAGAGGAGAGAGCUGAAUGUGUUAUAAAUAUUGGACAUAGUGUACAGUUAUUGACCACCUUGUUGGAGUUUCUGAUGUAAGAAAACAGUUGUCGUGAGUGACUGGUUCUUGUUAUAUUACUGAUACAACCGUAGGACGCCCGUAUGUAAGAUAUGUAAUAUAUGUACAAUGAUUCCUCUCCAGAUCUCCGUGCUGUCAGCCUUGUGUUGUCCCACUCAGAUGGACUUGUGAACAACAUGAGAAUAACACCAUUCUGUAUCUGCAGCUAGAGUGCUUGUGUUUGGCUUGCUAUUCUGCUGACUUCUGUAGCUGUGUUGUUAGGGGACAUAGGUUUUUUUGUAAUGCAUUGCCCACCUAAAAGCUUCAAAUAUAAUUGUAUUGUGCUGUCUGUGUUAAUGACAUGCUACAAAGCUUUUUUGUCAAGACAAACAGCAACAUAAUUUGUUAGGCUUGGUAGGACUUUAGGUUUAUGACAGAGCUGACUGACGGUGGGCUGUGUGUAUGACAUGCAUUUGAUAGUUGCUUCAUUGGACAGUGUGACCAUCUACAAAGAACCAACAAGUUGUACAGGUGAAAAGAGGCCUUGACAACCAACUGAGCAUGUUCAGACACUGUGGUUGUCUUGGUUGAUGCAAACAUGUCUGGCAAAUAAGAUACAAAAUGUCCGGACCUCAUUUCAGUCCGGGAUUUGUCCGAGAUUACAAACUAAGGGUGCUUGGCAGGCGAAUUGCAGAAAAUAAUUGUUUUCUUCAUAAAAGGGAUUAUUUGAAAGUUCUUUUUUUUCUCAGUUUGGAGUUGACUUUUAACAUUACAUUCAGUGCGAUAAUGUUACAUGAGCAUUACUGCCUCUUCCUCCAGACUGGUACUGUUAUUACUGAUACACAAAUCACUUCUACAAAGCCGUAACAUUAGUUAUAACAAUAACAGCAGGAAUGCAGACCUCUAAGCAAGUGUAAAUAAGUCCCUAGGUGGUUUAUGUCAGCAAACUAGAAAUGUUCAGUCCUUCUAGAUUCCUUUGUCUGGAACCUUUGCAGACUCGUGUCUGACCCUGUCUGACGGCUGACAUCUUGCAGACUCGUGUCUGACCCUGUCUGACAGCUGACGGCUGACACCUUGAGUCACUCACACUGCUGUGCUCUUCAUAGCUUGUUUCUUCAGCCCAGUAGGCUGAUGGAGACAGUUUUCUUGCCUUUUAGAGUUUCAUUUGCUGUGUGGAUUUUUCUACUAUUGACUAUGUUAAUUGUUUAGUCUUUGCCUGGAUGCAUUAAUGGGUAGUAUUGGCCCCGUAGUAUUCACAUGUGGGUUGACAGCCUUUGUUAACUACAAGUAUUUACAUCUAGGUUGACAGCUUUUGGAAACUACUUCAGGGCUCGAGUUAAGGAACUUGAUUUAACAAGCACCAGGUGCACGUUGACAUGAACAGCUAGUUGCACCAGACAAACCCAGGCUGCACCCUGGUCCCAUCAAUUGAAAGUUGAAACAUAGAUGCAUAAACUUGUCCAACAAGUAAAAUCUCAAAUCUUUGAUGACUGCGUCUUGAGUCAUAAAUUACACAUAACACAGCAAUCAGUGAUUUACAUUAUUCUUAGAGGCACUGAGUGUGUUCAUUGACCAUUGUUGUGUGGACAAGUAAGGGUGAGACUAAAAAUUGAGUUUUAUUUUCAUGUACUUGGUGCAUGUAGACAUUAGGUUGCACAUUUCAAUAGGUUGCACUAGUGCAUGUUUUAUAUAGCUAAAUCGAGCCCUGUGCUUGUAUUCACGUGGGUUGCCAGCCUGGGUAACUACUUGUAUUCACAUAGCAGUGAAGGCCCUGACAGGUCCCUGAGACUGGAAUUACAGCCGGGUCCCUCACCUUCAGUCUUGUGCUGUUCGGGAUUAUACUGGAAAGUCUGUUGUCAUGUAAACGUUUGUUCUUCAAGAUCACUUUACAUUGCACACUUAUUUUUGUAUCUAUUCAAGGCUUUGUUACUGGUUUGUUUGUUAUUUAUUGUUUGUGAUCAACUAAUGAUCUAAAAAGAAUAGAUUUAUUUGAGAAGGAUUCGGUAGAUUACUUUACAUGGACAUUUCUUUCUGAUAAUUGAAUUCCUUGUAUAACACUGCUGUGUACCCAUGGCAACUGCUUCAGGUUGUUGGCUGAGUGUCAUCAAUUCAUUCAAGUAUUGAGAUUUAUAUGAGGGAAUCUCAAAUAGUUUGAAAUAUUUUGUUGACAUAUUUCAAGUUGACAGUAAUUAUCUUGUCUGGAACUGAUGUAUGGUGACAGAGAGGUGUCGUACAGCAGAGAUGCCUCAGUGAUCCAAGACACACUCAACCUCCUGCUGCUGCUGCUGGUGCGGCUGCUGGUGGUGCUGGUGUUGCAGACUUCACAUCCCUGUGUGACUCUCCCUACCAUGGUCAAACAAAGAGUUAGGAAACAACUGCAAUUAGCUCCAAGCUUUGAAGUUUUUGUAUGCAUUAAUUUAGUUAUUUCUAUGGCAAGGUGUUUUUUUCAUUCUUUAUUUCUGUUACUAGUUUCAGAUCAAUAUUGUUACAGAAAGUUAUUAUUUUGAUACAAAACGUGUCCGAUGCCUACAAGAGCCUCCUAUCACAAGGGUUGUUUUAAAUGCACUAUAAUAUAUUGUAAAUAAUGCUUUGCCAAUAUAUAUAUUAAAAUACAAAACAUGAA